AUGGAGAGUGCUCAGGAUACAGCCCUUGCGACAGCGGAGGUCCUCGAAAACAUUCUUCUCGGCCUCGAUUUAACAUCCCUCUUGACCUCCGCCCAACGCGUGUGCCACUCUUGGCAUAAUCUGGUUUCUACCUCGCCGUCUCUUCAAAAGCACCUAUUUCUGCAGCCUGACUGGCAGAAAAGGCACAAAACCUGGAAUCCUCUGUUAUCCGCCCGCUUCCCACACUGGUUCCCACCAACCCACACGGAAUCCCAGGCGAAUGAGGACAAUUGCCAUAUAGAAGGAGGUGGUACUCUGCUGGAGAAAUCCGACUUCGAAAAAUUGCCCCUGGCUCAACCCGACACAAUUGCCUCGUUCAUGUACAAGAACGCCAGCUGGCGCCGCAUGCUAGUUCAACAACCGCCUGUUCUUGAUCUCGCCGUCUUUAGGGUGUGGUACUUCCGCGGUGGUUGCAGUCUGAAAGGGCCCUAUAUUCAGCAGAUGCUACGGGACGACGAGUCUGUGCAGUAUCUAUAUUCGCAGUCGCUGGCAGCCUCGAAACCACUCCGAAUGGAUUCCUUCUUUGACCAAGUCAUGCAGACACGCAAGGCAAUUCCCACGCAGUGGAUGAUUCUAUGGGACACCGGGGUCCAGCAAAUCCCGUCUACCAUGGACGACUACACAUUUGACUUGGAGGAAAAGCAGAUUCUUCGGGAGGCAUUGGCAUUCUAUGGAAUGAUUCUGGUUGUCUGUCAAACGAAACAGUGUAAAUCCCCGUUUCUGUGGAUACCGGGGGAAAAAUUUAUGUUUCCAGAUAGGAGUUUGGAUAUAAGUGCCCGUUAUAUCCGGUUUGGGAAAUAG